ACAGUUUGUCCCUAUUUACCUUCCGUACUUACAGACAAGUAUGGCGGUCUGAGGGCUGUGGUGACUGUUUUGGUGGCGUAAAUAAGCAUCGUGUACCUUUUUAAAGCAUAUUGCCCUCGGCAUUCGAGUUUAUCUGAAGGCUACAACUACAGUGCGACUAAGAUCAUCAUGCCGUCUUCUUGUGACUCUCUGAUGGAAGACAUCGAGGACAUGGUGUCUUCUAGUGACCCCACUCCUCAUGAAAGACAGUCUGCUAGAAAAAGUAUCAUACCAAGGUCAAGGAAGAAGAAAGAGCUCCUGAGCGAUGAGGAGCUUCAAGCUGACAGUUUGAUCCCUGGUACCCAAAAGAUCUGGAUGAAAACAUGGGGCUGCAGUCAUAACAACUCAGAUGGGGAGUACAUGGCUGGGCAGCUGGCUGCCAGCGGAUACAAGAUGACUGAUGACCCGACAGAAGCAGACGUGUGGCUGCUCAACAGCUGCACUGUGAAAAACCCUGCAGAGGAUCACUUCAGAAACUCAAUCAAAAAAGCCCAGGACCAGGAGAAAAAGGUGGUAGUAGCAGGAUGCGUUCCCCAGGCCCAGCCAAGGAUGGAUUACCUCAAAGGUCUCAGCAUCAUUGGGGUCCAGCAGAUUGAUCGAGUGGUGGAAGUAGUGGACGAGGCUGUUAAAGGCCACUCAGUUCGUCUGUUGGGUCAGAAGAAAGAUGGAGGCCGACGACUUGGAGGAGCUCGACUGGACCUCCCCAAGAUCAGGAAGAACCCUCUCAUUGAAAUCAUCUCAAUUAACACUGGGUGUCUGAAUGCGUGUACCUACUGCAAGACGAAGCAUGCAAGAGGAGACUUGGCCAGUUAUCCCAUAGAGGAGCUAGUGGAGAGAGCUAGGCAGUCUUUUCAGGAGGGAGUGUGUGAGAUCUGGUUGACCAGUGAGGACACCGGUGCUUACGGUAGAGACAUAGGGACAGACCUGCCCACGCUGCUGUGGAGACUGGUGGAGGAGAUUCCCGAAGGUGCCAUGCUAAGGCUGGGGAUGACGAAUCCACCAUAUAUCCUGGAACACCUAGAGGAGAUGGCCAAGAUUUUGAAUCAUCCACGCGUCUAUGCCUUCCUCCACGUUCCCGUGCAGUCAGCCUCUGAUAGCGUACUGAUGGAUAUGAAGAGAGAAUAUUGCAUUGACGACUUCAAACGAGUGGUAGACUUCCUUAAAGAAAGAGUCCCUGGUGUAACUAUUGCUACAGAUAUAAUCUGUGGUUUUCCCGGAGAGACCGAGGAAGACUUUCAAGCAACCAUAGACUUAGUGAAAGCCUAUCGAUUCCCCAGUCUUUUCAUCAACCAGUUUUACCCCCGACCCGGUACACCUGCUGCCAGGAUGGAGCAAGUAGCAGCACAUGUGAAGAAGCAAAGAACUAAAGAGCUGUCGCAGGUCUUCCACUCUUACAACCCUUAUGACCAUAAGGUAGGGGAGAGACAGCAUGUGUUGGUGACAGAGGAGUCAUUUGAUUCCCAAUACUAUGUGGCUCACAACAAGUACUACGAACAGGUGCUGGUACCUAAAAGGGUGGAGUUUAAAGGAAAGAUGAUUGUGGUGGACAUCUAUGAGGCAGGAAAACACUUCAUGAAAGGCAAACCAGUUGAAGACAGUAAGCCGUUCACUCCUUCCAUUGCCAUGCCGCUUCAGAAAGGAGAGGUGUCUGGUCUGCUGCAGGAACAAAAGGUCAAUGGCGUCCAUGUUUCUGCUCCCACGCCUUCUUCAUGCACCUUCUCCAUUGGAUCUAAUACUCUGGACAGAGAAAUGCUGAAGAAGAUUGGGAUCGGGCUCGCGCUGGCAGCAGUCAUCUUGGCUUACAUUGCACAGAAAGUGUACUGAACAAUGACUGUUGUGUGUAGUCUUUUUUAUUGUAAUGUCAAUACCUUCUCUUGGUAGUCUAUCGGCAUGGACAGUGAAAGAUCAAACUGCUUCACCGAACACCUUUUAUACCAGUCUUUUUGGUACAAAUAAGUCACCAGAUUUAGGAUUUUAUUUAGAAUAUUUUUUAAGUGCUGAUUACUUGUGACAGUGACAGUAGAGCCAUUUCUUGCUUAGGAAAAAGGUAAAAGUGUGUUUUGUUUAGUUCUUACUGAUGGCUACUGAUCCUGCGGUUACACAGAUAUUCAGUUGAUCAUACAUUCAGGGCUUUACCAUCAGUACGAGAAUCUGAUCUGUCACUCUGCAUCCUUUUAAAUUGGAACGUGAUUAAGCUUGGUUUAUUUCAUUUAGUGAAACUGAGUGAUGAUCUGCAUUAUACUUUGAUUAAAGUGUGUACAACUUCAGAGUAUUUAUUUUUGAAAGUGAGACAUGAACAUAUUUUCAGAACUUAAUGAAUGUCGUUUAUGUUGUUUUAAAAUGUUAACCUUAUGUUUCAUUGUUCAAAAAGUGCUUUGUGUUUAGAGUUUUUCACAAUAAUUCAUAGACUAUUUGGCAUACAUGCCAGGCGAACGAUUCUAACUGCUGGGAUUCAUUUAUUAUUGACACGCAUUGUGUCACCAUGCACACAUUUUACAAAUAUGAUAUAGUUUUUUGCUUCUAGCAUACAAGGUUCUCUGUGUCCUCCAAUAGGCCUCAGUCACACAGGUUUAGAGAACAGUCAGAAACCCUCUGGCAACCACAGGCUGCGGUAGAAAAAUCCCCCACCAGUUGCCAAGUGGUUGCUGGCUGUCGCUGAGUUGACAUUGGUCGCAAAGAGGUAAACAGUCCUGCACAUCCUUGUAAUUUCUUUGGUAGGCAACAGGCAGCUGUUGCCACCUGUAGUUUCCAUGGAAGAUACCAACUUGUCUCUAAACACACUCUAACUGCUUGCCUAGCAGUAGUGAAACUGUAAAAGUUGCUCCUUUUAAACCUGUUGGUUAAAGGAAUAAAGCACAACUUUUACUUUGCGUCACACUUUUUCCCACUUUCACUGCUGCUCAGCGACUAGAUGGGGAGUGUUCUGGACAUCCAUCUAAUGCCCAGAUAAACUAUAGGUAACUAGCAAUCUGCUAGCAACCAAAGCAAAGAGGUUUUUGGUGCAGCACCCUCUUUGAUACAGCAAACAGCAGGGAAUACACAUUUUCCCAAGCGAUCUGUAGUUCCCAGAGGGUUCCCAGAGGGUUACCAAUUGGUCUCUAGGCAUGUGUGUCUGACUUGCAGCGGUAUCCUGCCAUGCCAAUCUAAAUAACGAGUAUGAUUCCACCUCCAUCAUUCAUUCAUAGGGUUAAUAAUUCACAUUUGGACAAAAUCCAUAUAGUUGGACAGCAGCAGAAAUCUCAAGUGCACCGAUGUCAUCCCACUGCUGGAUUUUACCAGAACUUGCUUGUUUUUUUGUUUGUUUGUUUGUUUUCCCACCUUUCUAUAAUUCAGGUGUAAUUACCCUGCAAUACAACUCUCUAUAGUUAGUAGAUGGUUUUUUUGUCAUUUUUUUUUCUUUUGGUUAUUGUCCCAACCAUCCAGAAUUGUUAAAUAAAGGAUAAAAUCCAUUUGCCAUGAGUAAAA